UCCCUGUAUCAUAAAAAUAAUUUGUUCGACCUCCGUUCCGCGUCAACCUUGACAAUGGCCGCUCAGGUUCAGCCAUGGAUGAAGUCUCCUCUUUCUCUCUCUUUCCCUUUCUCCAUCCAUUUUUCCUCCAUUACAAACACAACCCUCUUCUCAUUUCCAUUACAUUUCCCGCCCUACGCGUCCUCUUCGACAUAUGUUUUACCCUACCCAUCAAAUUCUUCAGCCCGCCAUUAGAGCCCUUGAAGGUUUUCUCAGACAUUCAUGUCCAGCUCCGCAAUGGAAACGCCUACUGUUUUCUCAAUCUUCGUCUUCUUCCUCUCCCUGUGUAUUGGGCUUCGAGCUCCCCCGGCCAUGGCGGAAGACGCAGCCAUCGCCACAGUCAAGGUGGGGGUCGUUCUUGACUCCGAUUCGUCGAUUGGGAAGAUGGGGUUGAGUCUCAUGGAAAUGGCGCUCUCUGAUUUCUAUGGAUUUCAUCGAAACUACAGGACCCGGCUGGCUCUGUUCCCGAAGAACUCCAUGGGAGACGUUGUUGGAGCUGCUGCUGCAGCUUUAGACUUAAUCAAGAAGGAAGAAGUGGAAGCCAUUGUUGGCCCACAGAGCUCAACCCAAGCAACUUUCAUGGCGGAUCUCGGGAAAAAGUCUCAGGUACCCAUAAUUUCAAUCUCUGCAACAACCCCACCUCUGAAUCCUCGUCGGAAUCCCUACUUCUUCCGAGCAACCCAAAUCGAUUCGUCGCAAGUACAACCCAUCGCCGCCAUAAUCAAGGCUUUCAAUUGGAGACAGGCGGUGAUAAUUCACUCAGACGAUCAGUACGGCGAGGGGCUUUUGCCCUCCAUGAGAGACGCUCUGCGAGAGAUUAACACCCGCAUCUACGAGACAGCGAUUCCUCAAUCUGCCUCUGAUGACAGGAUCGCCAAAGAGCUUUACAAACUGAUGACGAUGCAGACUAGGGUUUUCGUUGUUCAUAUGUUGCCGGAGCUUGGGACUCGCGUUUUCAGCAUGGCUAAGGAAAUUGGGAUGAUGGGGGCGGGUUAUGUUUGGAUUAUAACUGAUGGGAUGAGUAAUUCUCCCUCUCAUAUUGAUGAUUCCGCCGUGGAAGCCAUGAGCGGAGCUCUGGGUGUACGGACUCACAUUCCCAGAACUCGAGAACUUGAAGAUUUUCAGCUAAAAUGGGGAAGGAGAUUUGAACAGGAAAUUUCUGAACUGAAUAUAUUUGGGUUGCGAGCUUAUGAUGCUACUUUUGCUCUAGCGAAGGCUGUGGAGAAGGUUGGAACCACAGAGUUCAUCUUCAAGAAGUCAAGUGUUUCUGGCAAAUCUACAGAUCUUGACAAUCUUGGGGUCUCAAAAAAUGGUCCGAGGCUUUCUGAGGCAUUGUCUAAAACACAUUUCAAAGGGCUUGCAGGAGAUUUCAGAAUGGUUGAAGGGCAACUGCAAUCAUCUACUUACGAGAUUAUAAACUUCAAUUCCAAAUUUAUUACAGUGGUUGGGUUUUGGACACCGGAAAAUGGAUUGACGCAAACCUUAAAUUCCACGAACAUAAGCUCAAACACUUCUGUUGCCAAUCUGAGCCAUAUCAUAUGGCCAGGGGAUGGUCCCAAUUCUUUCAGUUUCCCUAAAGGUUGGGAGACUCCAACAAAUGAAAAGAAGCUGAGAAUAGGAGUUCCAGUCAAAUCUGGGGUCAGUAAGUUUGUUAGAGAGAUAACAGACCCAGUGACCAAUAGGACGAAGACGACUGGGUACAGCAUCGAUAUCUUUGAAGCUGUAAUCAAAGCAUUACCGUACGCUGUUUCUUAUGAAUACAUUCGGUUUGCAGAUAAAAAGGGAGCAAUGGCUGGUAGCUAUGGGGACAUGGUUAUGCAAGUCCGCCUUGGGGUAUAUGAUGCAGUCGUGGGAGACGUAUCCAUUAGAGAAAGCAGAUCUGAAAAUGUGGACUUCACAUUGCCAUACUCCGAGUCUAGCGUGUCGAUGGUUGUACUAUUUAAAGAUAACAACAAAAAGGCUUGGCUUUUCUUGAAGCCUUUAACAUUGAACCUUUGGGUGACAACUGCUUUCUCUUUUGCCUUCAUUGGACUGGUCAUCUGGGUUCUUGAGCACAGAAUCAAUGAAGAUUUUAGAGGUCCUCCCUCACACGAAAUCGGGACAAGCUUCUGGUUUGCUUUCUCAACCCUGGUUUAUGCUCAAAAAGAGAAGGUGGAAAGCAACUUGGCUAGAUUUGUGGUAAUUGUAUGGCUAUUUGUGGUGCUCAUAUUGACUCAAAGUUACACGGCUAGUCUUACAUCGCUGCUAACGGUUCAAAAACUGGAGCCAACUUUUACUGAUAUGAACCAGCUGAAGCAGCAGAAGGUGAAUGUUGGAUACCCAAAUGGUUCUUUUGUUCAAGAAUUGCUGAUAGCUGAAGGUUUGGAUCGAUCCAAACUUGUAAUUUAUAACAAUAUGGCACAUUGUGGGGCAUUGCUCCUAAAUGGGACCAUAGCUGCUGCCUUUGAUGAAAUCCCUUAUCUCAAGGUUCUUACAACAACAUAUUGCACCAAUUGCACCAUGGCCGGUCCCACGCUGAAAUCCAACGGCUUUGGCUAUGUCUUCCCCAAAGGGUCUCCGCUCGGACGCGAUGUUUCGAAGGGAAUACUUGAUAUUAUGGAGAGUGGAGUUCUGAAAGAGAUUGAAGACAGAUGGUUUAAAGGCAACAUCAGUAGCCCUGACCCAAAUAGCUUGAUUUCCACCACACUUGGGCUUGAAAGCUUUUGGGGGUUGUUUCUUGUUUCAGGUGCUGCAUCUUCAUCUGCACUCAUCGUAGCUCUGGCCGGUUUUCUUCAUAAACAAAAGCAUGUCUUGAAGCUUUCCACUGUCUCAAUGUGGGAAAGGUUUCUUCUUCUUUUGAAAUCUUUCGACCAGAAAGACCCGAAUUCGCCUGCAUUGAGAAAGAAUCGUAAUGACGAAAGCCCGGAGGUUAAAGAUGUCAGAUUCGAACCCCAUCCCAGCCCAUCCUGUGAUUCAAGCUACAUAAAUGAAGGACUUUCACCUUGUAACUUUGAUGAUUUCCAUGGUGAACAGAGUCCAACUCCUCUGCCAUCACAAAGCAGGUAAUUUAUUAGCUUACUGUCAAGGUAUUAGAUGUUGAUUUCAACGAAAAUGUUCGAGAUCUCAACAAGAGAUUCAUAUAAACCAUUGAAAAUAACAAAAAAAUCAAAAUCAAAUCAAGUUACAAAUCUGUAUUAUUGGAUGGUAAAUAAUCAUAUUGGUAAUAAUUUUGUCUACAUUUCUCAUAUUUU